UGUAUUGUAUAUUGAGAGCAACUUGCAUUUGGAACAAGCCAAAAUAUUAUUAUUCAAUAACCACCAUCAUCUUGCAUUUCAAAAAUGUUCCGCGAAAGAUGUUUUACAUGGUACUACUUCACCAAAGUAGAAGUUGAAGUGGAAGUAACCUUUAAAUAUGGUAGGGUUCUCGAGUUAUCUUCACUCUUGGGAUGUUUCGAAAAGCUUGGCUUGGUAGAUCGUAUAUGGAGAGCUCUUAAAGAAUAUGGCCAUGGGUCUCAUGUUUCUAGUUCUGUUCGAUUGAAGGAGGAGCUUUUUCUCUGUUGGGAUAAGCUAGCUAAUGGGUGGUGCAAAUCAAACACUGAUGGAAGUUGGUUUCAAGAUAUAAACUGUGAGUGCAAGGGUUCUAUUAGUAUUAGGAAUUACAACAUUGAUUUAGCAGAAUUGAGGCGUAUUCUAUAUGGCAUUGAUUUAGCGGAUUAAGGGUAUUCGAAAGAUCAAAAUAUAGAAUCGUAUUCUUUAAAUUCUAUUGAGAUGAUUCGCUGAGGUGUUAAUGAUGAACAACCUCAUUUUUUUUCUGGUAUGUGAAAUAAGAAGUCAGCUCAAUAGAGAUUGUUCCUUCACUCUUCA